CUGCCUCAUCACUGUCACCAGGAGUCUUUUUUUCUGACUGACUUGCCAGAGCUCCCCGUCAGUCCUCGCAGUGCCUCUGGAAACGAAGGGAAGGCAGCUGUGGGAUCCUGGCUGAACAGAGUCCAGCAACUGGCUCCCAGCUCCUGCACCAUGAAAAUCCUGCUUUGUGACCUUCUGCUGCUCAGCCUCUUUUCCAGCGUGUCCAGCAGCUGUCAGAAGGACUGCCUGACCUGCAGAGAGAAGCUCCACCCAGCUCUUGACAGCUUCAACUUUGAGGUGUGCAUCCUCAAGUGUGAAGCGAAGGUUUUGGCCAGCCCUUUCUGGACUCCAUGCACCAACGUCAUGGGCAGGGGAUCCAGGCAACUCAGCUCUGCUGACUCAGAGCAUGUGGCGGCUGCUCUUUACCAGCCAAGAGCCUCCGAGAUACAUCUGAAGCGAAUGCCCCGUAUCAGGAGCCUGUUCCAAGUGCAGAAAGGGACAGAGCCUGGCAUGGAUGAGGCUGGAGAGAUGGAGCAGAAGCAGCUACAGAAGAGGUUCGGGGGCUUCACUGGGGCCCGGAAGUCGGCCCGGAAGUUGGCCAACCAGAAGCGGUUCAGUGAAUUUAUGAGGCAGUACCUGGUCCUGAGUAUGCAGUCCAGCCAGCGCCGGCGCACCCUGCACCAGAAUGGUAAUGCGUAGCCGGAAGGGGAGCCCCUCCCAGCUGCACCGUCAACUUCAACCCAUGAGUGUCCGGGUCAUCCCCAAAACAGCAUGUCUCCAGCCCCAGACCUGCCGGCUGGGGACCAGGAUUCCCUCUUCCCCAAGGCACUGAGGCAGGCUUUGCCUCCAGGUCUCCUCUCCCAGGGCGCAGAACCUUCUCGUCUGGUUGUCUUCCCCCCCAUGGCAUGUUUCACGACACCCCUGUUGCUACAUCAGAGUGUAUUUUUGUAAUUCCUCCAGCUAACAUUUAAACGGCCCCACCUUUCCUUCUCACCUGCCUCUUCCCUCUUCUAGGGGUGGGUUAAAGGAACAGGACAUCAAGCCUGGGGCUUUGACUUGUCACUGCCAUAACUUGUUUGUAAAAGAGCUGUUCUUUUUGACUGAUUGUUUUAAACAGAUAUUUCUCCAUUAAACUUCUACUGA